UGAUAGACAGGUCUGAGCUCAUCUCUUCAUCCGAAACUGCUGUGUUAGCAGCAAUGGAAGCCUGGGCAGUGGGGUUGGGGGUCCUGGGCUGCCUAGACCCUCUUCUCAGCCUGGCUACUAUGGUCCCAACGAAAGCAGAGCAGUAGGUUUGGCACCAGUUUGGCUGCAGGAGUUGCUGGACACCAUCCAACGGUCUUAGAGAGGUUCUCCUCCAGAGCCUUUUCUUCUCCUGAGGAUAACCCACGAGGCAGCGGAGGUUUAGGAUCAGAGUUUUCCUUCUCAAUGGGCUCCCUUCCCCGGUUGACGAGCCCCAUCUUCCCUUCCCUUUCCUCUGCAACAUGGACAGGAUCUGCCUUCCUGACUGUGAGAUUCACUAUUGUUCUCAUCCUCUCCAUCCACCAGGGCCUGCCUUCACCUGCAGCAGAAUUCCCCAACCCACCAACGAUUUGAGACCCAUCAGCUAUCCUCACCUGGUUUAGCCGGCCGGUUGAAGCCGUUGCUUGGAUCCUGGCCUCUGUUGCAUGCUGGCAGCUUCUGGAAGCCACAGGACUUCUUCUCAGCCCACCCUGAGGAAAGUGAUGGAGAAGACAAGUCAGAAUUUCAGGGGAGGGAGCAACUUUCAUUUCACUAGAAAAAACCAUUAUAAUGUGUGAAAUGUGGAAUAUGCUUCACUGAAUGAGCACACAUAGCUCACAUCUCAAAAAGGGGAGAAACCGUUUAAAGCUAUGGAGAAUGGAAAGAGUUUAACUGAUAGUGGAACACUUAGAGCACAUCAAGGUACUCACAUGGGCAAGAAAAGAUUCCAAUGCAAGGAGUCUGGAAAGAGGGGAAACCUCAAUAUACAUCAGCGGACUCACACAGGAGAGAAACCAUAUGAAUGUAUGGAGUGCGGAAAGAGUUUUAGUGAUAAUGGAAACCUUAGAAGACACCAACGGGUUCACACAGGGGAGAAACCUUUUAAAUGCAUGGAGUGUGGAAAGAGCUUCAGUUGGAGUGGACACCUCAAUAGUCAUCUACAGACUCACACGGGAGAAAGACCAUUUAAAUGUAUGGAGUACGGAAAAAGCUUCAGUCAGAGUGGAGACCUUAAAUUACACCAGCGAACUCACAUGGGAGAAAAACCAUAUGAUUGCAUAGAGUGUGGAAAAAGCUUCUGUUUCAAUGCAAGACUUAAAACACAUCAACGGACUCACACAGGAGAGAAACCAUUUAAGUGCAUGGAGUGUGGAAAGAGCUUCAGUUUAAAUGCAAACCUUAGAAGCCAUCAACGGACUCACGCGGGUGAAAAACCAUAUAAAUGUAUGGAGUGUGGAAAGAACUUCAGUAAGAGGGUACAACUCAAUAUACAUCUACAGAUUCACACAGGGGAGAAACCAUUUAAAUGCAUGGAGUGUGGAAAGAGCUUCAGUUUAAAUGCGUGCCUUCGAAGACACCAACGGACUCACACAGGAGAGAAACCAUAUAAAUGUAUGGAGUGUGGAAAGAGUUUCAGUCACAGUGGACAAUUCAACAUACAUCUAGAGACUCACACAGGGGAGAAGCCAUUUAAAUGCAAGGAGUGUGGAAAGAGCUUCAGUUUAAAUGCAAACCUUAGAAGCCAUCAACGGACUCACACGGGUGAAAAACCAUAUAAAUGUAUGGAGUGUGGAAAGAGUUUUAGUGAUAAUGGAAACUUUGGAAAACAUCAACGGACUCACACAGGAGAGAAACCAUAUAAAUGUAUGGAGUGUGGAAAGAGUUUCAGGUACAGUGGACACCUCAAUAGACAUUUACAGACUCACACAGGAGAGAAACCAUAUAAAUGCAUGGAGUGUGGAAAGAACUUCAGUAGGAGUAGACAACUCAAUAGACAUCUACAGAUUCACACAGGGGAGAAGCCAUUUAAUUGCAUGGAGUGCGGAAAGAGCUUCAGUUUCAAUGAGUCCCUUAGAAGACACCAACGGACUCACACAGGAGAGAAACCAUAUAAAUGUAUGGAGUGUGGAAAGAGUUUUAGUGAUAAUGGAAACCUUAGACAACAUCAACGGACUCACACAGGAGAGAAACCAUAUAAAUGUAUGGGGUGUGGAAAGAGUUUCAGUCACAGUGGAAAUCUUAGAAAACAUCAGCAGACACACAGGGAAGAAACCAUAUAAAUGUAUGGCAUGUGGAAGGAACUUCAGUCAGAGGGGAGCCCUUGAUUUAAGUCAAAAAACUUGCACAAGAGACAAACCAUGUAAAUGUCAGGAAAGUAGAUAGAGGGUCAGUCCUAGUGGAAGUCCUGUAUCAACAGACUCAUGAUCAGGAAGAACUUUAAUAGUUUAACCGUACAAACCCAUCAACAACUGAAGAGUAGAAGCAGUUUAAAUGGAAAGAUUUGCAGAAAGUGCUUUUGUUAUAAUGGAGUGUUUAAGAAACAUCUUGGGACUCUCACAGGGGAGAACCCAUUUAGAUGUAUGGAAUGUGGGACGUGUUCCUCUCAGAAUCCACUCCUUUCUUCACAGUAAUAAACUCAGCAGGAAAUCAGUCUUCAAAGCAUGAUGUGUAUGUGAAGUUCUUGUGUUUAUAUGUAAAACUGAACAGUAAUGAAAUAUUGAAGGCAAUGUCUCACAAUAGGGAGUAUAAUUUUAGAUGUAAGAUACCUUUUGAUAGAGAGGGACAAUCUGGAUUGCUGGUGGGGAGUGAGGAUUAGGGCUGGGCGAUAUAUUAAUAGCUCGUCCAAUACCGGUUUCUAGACCACAUCGCGAUAUCCUUUGAAAAACAAUUGAUAUGGCAAUAAACCACGAAUCACAGCGUGUGUUUCUGGGAUGUGCCUGGAAGCAGCCGGCAGAAAACUUUGCUUCGUGAAGCCCCUGAAGAUGCCCAGUUGAUGACUUCCCUCCCAGACGACAGGAAGAGAAACACACACCUCCAUUGCCUUGUGUCGUUCCAGCCUCUUUCCUCCCUUGCUCCCUUCUGCCGGUUUGUGUGCCUGACUUAGAUAUACUGUGGGUGUAUAUUUUUUUACUGCUGAAACUGGAUUUGCUCUCAGGAGCUAAGCUUUGUGCCUCACUGGG